UAAUAUUUUCCAGCCUCGUUCUCAAAAACUUGUUUACUGGACUGGCGCUAUUGUGGCCGUGGUAUUUCUCCUGAUUGUUAUUGUUGUAGUUAUCUGGAUGAUUUCUCUACGUUUUAGUCGUUCAUCAGACAAUUCCUUUUUGUCCUCUCCACUAGACAAACCAGCUCUUUCAUUCACUCAAAGCACCACAGACUCUCCUUUAGCUUCCAACUUUCUUUACGGCCGCCCACCGCCUAUACUCGACAGAUCACAUUCCUCUUCACUUGGAGGUGGUGGAUCUAAUUCUAUAAUUCACCCUAUCGGUUUUUACUAUGAAGAUGAUCAGUCUCCAUAUGAUGGGGGUGUUGUAAGCGCCGUUAGCAGACAUGGACGUGAAAAUAGUCAAGAGAUGAAAUCCAUUUUUCUCGCUAGCACUGUACCAGAUAACAACAACGAGGUAGUUGGAGGUUCAUCUUCUGCCUCACACUCUCCCGGUCAACAAAAUAAUGGAGGAAUUAAAGUUACAGGGACAACGAACACUACAAAUAGCAGUGGAGGGUCCCCUGGAUCAGCUACAAGAGCAUUAGAACAACGCUUAAGGCACAUACAGCAACACAUGUACAGACCAAUGGGAGAUGGUUAA